AAAUACUUCAUUCAUAUACCUUGUUUCUUUCGUGGUUUGUGCGUGCGUAGGUGAUCGUGAGUUGAUUAAAUUUAUUUUAACAUUAGCCAACGCAUAUUAAAAUGUAUAAAAUCAACUGGUGGACCUGGGUUCUUGGUAUAGUUUUGUUUUGUUUAUUGUUUAUUGUAGUACCUAUUAGUUAUUCUGCCUCUACAAGUAAAGAGCAAUUGAAGCCAAUUUUUGAUCAAUAUAUUGAAAAGUAUAAUAAAAGUUACAAAAACAAUCCCGAGGAAUAUGAAACGAGGUUUCAACACUUUUUGGUUUCCAUGAGUGAGAUUGAUCGAUUAAAUUCUGAGUCCAGGGGUCCGGAGCAGUACAGAGCUCGAUAUGGCCCCACAAAGUUGUCUGAUAUGUCACCAACUGAAUAUAAAGAUUUGCAUUUGUCUGAUGAGAAACUUACGAAAUCACCUGCCACAUAUGACAGAAGUUGGAGAAAACAUAAUCAGAGGGAUUACUAUCACGUCCAAGAUGUUAAUGAAAGAAAAGAAAACCUGAUAAGAAAAAAGAGGGCUUCCUUACCAAUGCUAGUGGAUUGGAGAGUCAAAGGAGCGGUGGGCGCUGUUAGGAAUCAGGGUUUGUGCGGUGCUUGCUGGGCAUUCAGUACUGUUGGCACCAUGGAGUCCAUGGCUGCCAUAAACACUGGGAAACUGCCCGCACUCAGUGUGCAGGAGGUCAUUGACUGCGCAAGAUUAGGCAACCAGGGCUGCUCCGGUGGCGAUAUCUGUCUGCUUCUAGAUUGGUUGAUGAUCACCAAUACCCCUGUGGAGGUGGAGAAAGACUAUCCCCUUCAGCUUACCAAUGGUGUUUGCAAAGCUAAGAAGAACACGACAGGGGUCCGAGUAACUUCGUUCACUUGUGACGAUUUCGUUGGCACCGAACAGAAGAUAAUAGAAGCUUUAGCAUUGCAUGGGCCGGUAGCGGUGGCGGUCAAUGCGCUCACUUGGCAGAACUACCUCGGAGGGGUCAUACAAUACCAUUGCAGUGGAGAUGCAAUGGACCUAAACCACGCCGUACAGUUGGUAGGUUAUGAUCUCACUGCAGACGUACCAUAUUACAUCGCUAAAAACUCGUGGGGAUCCGAUUUUGGACUAAACGGGUAUAUACAUCUGGCUAUAGGUUCCAAUAUAUGCGGUUUGGCGAACGAAGUUGCCACAAUCGACGUCGCUUAAUGUUGCCAUACCAAAAAAAUAUUAAGUAGAUACUAGAUUUUUUUAAGCUUUUGAAAUUUUUGGAUGUUACUUCCUCAGCAUUCGAUUAAGAACCAUUUUAUAACUAUGUAUUUACAAAGUUAUUAAUUCGAAAGCAACGAUAUUUGAUACCCUAGAUAUCAUAGAUAUAUACAACAACACGAACAAAAUCGUGGCGGAAACCUGUCCAAAACGUACAUUGGACGAUAUGAACGGAGCUCAUUAAUUUGAUCGCGUACUCAAAAACAAUAUAAAGCAUUAGCUAAACAUUGAAAGUUACCUUUAAUACAUACUGGAUAAGGUCUUAAUUUAAUCGCAUACGUCAAAGAGUUAUGCCAGUUUGAAAUGCAAGCUCGUAAAAUUUUACGACUUCUUGCUAUAGACGGAAUAUUAUAGACUUUAUUUCUUUGACUCUACGCGCAAUUAUGAAUGCGCUGUUAGCAAUAUAGCAGGUACGGACCGCGAGAAAAAGAGACGGCUAAAUAACCGACCAUGUAUUUUUAUAUCACAAAUAUUUUUGAUUAAAUCAGUUUUAGUGAGUAUUACAAAAUUUGCGUUUUUCAAAUACGUUAAAUUAACAAACAUCGAUAAGAUACCUGUCGCAAAAACCGCAUUUUUCGCAUUUUUCACGGAGCUCUGCGACAUCUCAACUUUUCAACGAUCCGCGCGCGACUGUGUACCAAGAAGUGCUUUAGAAGGGCUCUAGCUACCUUAUGAUUUCAUUUUGUUAUUUCUGAACGCCGAAGGUUUUUAAAUAGUUUGCGAUCUUUUCUAUUGCAUUAGUAAUAACAAUAUUAAAGAAAUUGAGCGAGAGGUAUUUAAAGUCUUGGGCGUUCAAAAAUAAAAAAAUGAAAUCAUAAACUUUAUUUUUAACCAUAGCAAUACUAAUGGCCGGUAAGCCCGUACGCAUUUUGCAUUACCAUUAAUAUUGCUUCUUAUAUGUAAGACUUUAAAGUUCAAUUUUGUUUAACUCACGUGAAAUUCGUCAUGCUGGAAGUUCACUUUGGUAUACUUAGCUAUUCGUUUUUGCUAUUUGUAAACUUGACAUCAAUCUGUCCUAUUCAUUACUGAUAAAGCAUGAUAAGGAAAGACUGUUGUUAUGUUUACAAAUAGCAAACACGAAUAGCCAAGAGAAGUUCUGGCAAGAAAUGAAAUAUCGAAAAUGUUUGUUAUAUCCUUAGUUAUUAUUGUUAGUUCUUACUAUUUUAGUUAAGUUUUAAUUAGAAAUAUUAGAUGAUAAGUUUCAACGCAAUAGUAAAACAAAGUUUAACUGUUUUUUUUAAAUAUUUUAUAUGAACGAAGUUUAAAUAGUAGUUGUUUUGUUAAAAUACUCAACGUAAUGUAUAUUCUCCUUUUGUACCAAGCUAUUAAGUACGAGAGCCCUCAUGGACGUCAAUUACCUCUUAAGUUUGAUUAAAAUUAAUGCUGAUACUUUAACACAACAUUUAAUGAAGUAUUGAGUUUAAUUGACGGCUCUGCGUGCUGCCCAGCCUAUUGUUUAACAGUAGAUAAGAGGCCAAGAGAACCAUAGUGGCCUAACUCAUUAUAACAAUAUUGAGUUUAUGAUUUUUUCCAGUUCAAAUUGAUCAUUUUGAUAGAACCAGAGUGAUCUAAAAGUGACAACGAAUAUUCACUAGAUGGCAGCAUAAUCACUGUUACGGUUUUUAGUCUAUGAUCUAAAUUUAAGGUGCCAUACUGGCCUAAGUAAGAUAGGCCACUAUGGUUCUCAUGGCCUCAUAUAUAGUACACAAUUAUGUUUCACUCCACCUUUUGUGUUCCCCUACUUUAUAAUCACAUAAUAGGGUAUUUUCCAAAUUUUUUAAAACAAAUUUAACAGAAAAAUAAAAAUACAUUAAUUAAUGAUUUUUUUAUCCAUUAAACCAAUUAAAGUUGAAUUUAGUUUUAAUGGUUUUGAAUUUACCGCCAAAACGCUCGCUUCGAUGACGUCAACUUUGUGUAAGCAACAAGUAAAAUCGAGUUAGAUCGUCCACAAACUACAUUCUUGUGUUAAAAUUCUUUACACAAAGUUGACGUCACACAGUAGACGUCAUCGAACCGAGCGGUUUGGCGGUAAAUUCAUAACCAUUAAAAAUAAAUUGAACUUUAAUUGGUCUAUAAUGGAGAAAAAAAAUGACAUUAAUUAACUUAUUUUUAUUUUUCUGUUUCGUUUGUCCGAAUCUUUAAAUAUAAGCAGUUUUCAAAAAUUUGGAAAACACCCUAUUAUCUGUAUAGAGGUAAUUCUUAAAAGCUUUAGAUAAAAGUGUUCAGUUAUUUAAAAUUGUUAGUUAUCCAAAAACGUACUAGCCAUAAUGUAGCGAUGUCAAAAAUUAUAAUCUUGCAACAUAUUAUUCAAGUCGAUUAAUAUCUACCUAGUAAGUAAUUACUUAUGUUUGUUAAAUUAAAAAUAUUUUUGUAUACAUUCAAAGUGUGUAGGGUGUUAUUUAAGAUUUAGUGCCAAAUCGUGAGCCAUUCUCACAUUAUUUUUGGUCAAUUAAAAUCUAGUAAUUAUUAUAGUUAUUAGCAGGACUGUGCUACCAUGUUCCUAGUUUUUUAGGAGUCUUCGAUAUUUAAAAAAAACAUGGUAGCGAUACCGUAACUGUAAUGUUCAUGACCAUUAAAGUAUAAAACAAGAUGAUCUAGUAAUUAGUUUUGUAAGUUAGGGAAUGUUUUUGUAUACAUUCACCCCCUAUUUAAUUAACGAAUACUAUGCUUGGAUUAGUUACUCCAUGUUUCGUCUCUGCUUAUUGAAUGAUAUGGCAUUUUAGUGACAUGAACAAAAUACAGUGUAAGUUAUUCUCCCUUAUUCCUCUAUCACAUUUUCUGCAGAGGACAACGCGGCCUACGUUGCCACCGACUUACUGUGGCCACUAUUCCUACACGAACAAAGUAAUUUGGUGACUUAUUUCUUUGUCGUACUAUUCGUAAGUGGAAACAAUCUGGGGUCCUUUAAGAGAGGCGCGAAGAAGUAUUUUUGCAGGCCGGCAAGGUGAGGAUGGUUGGUGUAGCACUUUAUAACUGCUGUACCAGCUAUCUAAGCUUAGCUCUAAGCUUGUUCCUUGUUUAUUAAUAAGGAGGUAUGAGUUUAAUGUUAAGUUGAGUAGAUUUUUUAUGUUAUAACUUUAAAACGGCCUAUUUCAUCCAUCUUUAUAUUUGAUUUUCUAAUACUAGGUAAUUUGUUGAAGGUUCUUACGUAAAAAAAAAUUAGAAAGUCUGACGUAUAUAAAUAAGUAGACUCCCAAUCGCCUUAUAAAAGUGCAUCGAAAAACGUCCGAACGGCGCUGUGUUAUACAUAAUACAUCUACUUGCAUAGACAAAAUUAACACGUAAUGUCUUGACACUAAGUUUUAAUGUCAAUUGUAUACGAAAGAGAGCGUUUGAUUAAAAUGCCCUUGCUCACUCCCAAAUUAAGAAUAUGUUUAUAUAACUCAUCGCUAUUGAUACAAAAUAAGAAGUUUAGCAUACAAGAAGAUAAAAUAGUAAAUUGUUAAUCCUAAUACCAUAAGGACGAAAAUAGUAAAAAUAAAUUGUAACAGACUGAAAUUCGAUAAUACGAGGAAAAAAAGACUUUUUACCUGUCGUUAUACUAAAUAUAGGCUUAAUAAAUGUUAUUA